AUGCUGAGCACGGCUUGGAUUCUGGGAGCUAGUUCUGGCCUGUAUAAUGAAGCCUCCGCGCGGGGCGGGGAGCAGCCGGCCGGCCGCCGCGGGGACCCCGCCGCGGCGCCCUCCCGGCGCCCCACCGCGCGCGAGCGCUUUACCUCCGGCUGGAAGGACAGGCGGCCCGGCUGGCCCGGGCUCUGCUGCGCCAAAGUCCGGCCCUGGCCCCGAAGUCCGGCCCCGGACGGGGCAGUGGCGGAGAGCGGGGGUCGGAGCGGCACUCCGCCUCCCGAUGCCUCGGGACCCCGCUGGCCGCGCUCCCGGCGCCGAGCGCGCACCCUCGCCGGGACACAGACGCACACUCACCCGGCACACACUCGCUCCCGCUCGCCCUCGGUGGAGAGUUGA